AUGGAAUGAAGCGUCGUAAUUUGGUGAGACUGAGAUUUCUUUGCUUUGAUCUUUCUUCUCUCUCUUUCUGUAUAUAUUCCAUAAAAAAGGAGAGCGAAUAUUAUUCAUUCCCACUUCCUCCUUCCCGUUCAUUGAUUACGUUGUAGACUAAAGAAAAGCUCUUCAAUUUUUAUUUUUGCUGGAUUUUAACACCAGCUAGAGAAACGAAUUCAAUUCCUACCCUCCCCCCCUCCUCAUCAAAGGCAAGGAGAUGAAAUCAUUUAGGAAACUGAGAGGAUUUACUUCACUUCACAAACAAGUAGUACAUAAAAACCCAAGGGAUCUUCCCUCUUUCUCUCAAUCACAUGAACUUGCUAAAGCCUCUCAGGACAUGAUAGAUAUGAAAGAUUGCUAUGAUAGCUUACUUUCUGCUGCCGCUGGAACCGCCAAUUGUGCCUUUGAAUUCUCAGAAUCAUUGCGUGAAAUGGGUGCUUGCCUUCUUGCGAAAACUGCAUUGAAUGAUGAUGAAGAAAGUGGCAGGGUCUUGCUGAUGCUGGGAAAAGUGCAAUUUGAACUCCAGAAACUUGUUGACUGCUACCGUUCUCACAUAAAUCAAACAAUCAUAAGCCCGUCAGAGUCUCUUCUGAACGAACUUCAAACAGUUGAGGAGAUGAAGCAGCAGUGUAACGAGAAAAGAGAUGUAUAUGUGCACAUGGCGAGACAGAGAGAAAGAGUAAGUGGAAGAAAUGGAAAGGGAGAGAGUUUUUCUAUGCAGCAAAUACAAGCAGCUUAUGAUGAAUAUGAUGAGGAGGCCACUUUGUUUGUUUUUCGUCUUAAAUCCCUGAAGGAAGGACAAUCUCGCAGUCUUCUUACACAGGCGGCUCGGCACCAUGCUGCUCAGCUGUGCUUAUUUAAGAAGGCUCUUAAGUCUCUUGAAGCUGUUGAGCCGCAUGUCAAAUUGGUCUCAGAACAGCAGCAUAUAGAUUACCACUUUAGUGGACUUGAUGAUGAUGGGAGGGAUGAUGAUGAUUAUGAUGAUGUCAAUGAUGAUGGAGAAUUGAGCUUUGACUAUGGACAAAAUGACCAGGAGCAAGAAGUUUCCAAAUCAAUAAAUUCAAUGGAGUUGGAUUUAGAGGACAUUACAUUUCCCCAAGCUGUGACAUUGGAAAUGGCAAAGGAAAAUCUAGUUAGAAGUUACAGCACAUCGUUUCCUAUAAAGGGAGAACUUAGUGGAGGCACCCAAUCAGCUCCACUUUUCGCUGAAGUGAAAUCUGAUCCAGCUGGAAAAACAAAACGACUGAUGCCAUCAUCCACACGAAAGUUCAACACUUACGUAUUGCCUACUCCAGCGGACCCAAAGAGUUCAAAUUAUGCAGGACCUGGUAGCCUGGUUUCUCAAACAUUAAAGCCAAGUUUGAGUGGGCGUCCUCUGAAUUUGUGGCACUCAUCCCCUAUUGGCCAUAAAAAAAAUGAUAAGUUACUAGGAGUUGAAAUGUCUAGCAAGCCCACUGCUAUAAAUUCGCAGUCAGUACUCAAGGAGAGCAACAACAACACUGCAUCCACCCGAUUACCUCCUCCUCUAGCUGAUGGACUUCUUUUUUCAAGGCUUGAGCCACCGGCUCCCGCUGAAUCUAAGAAAAUAAAAAGAUAUGCCUUAUCUGGUCCUAUUACAUCCCAGCCAUGGUCUACAAAGGCAGUCUCCUCAGAACAUCCACAAUUGUUCUCUGGACCCCUUUUGCGAUAUCAAACAGCCCAGCUAUUUUCAUCACCUCCGAAAGUGUCUCCAAGAAUAUCACCAAAAGUAUCUCCUAGUUCUUCCCCUCCAUUUGUGUCCUCACCCAAAAUCAGCGAGCUACAUGAGCUUCCCAGACCCCCAGUCACUUCAACCUCCAAGUCUCCAGGGGCUGUAGGUUUGGUUGGUCAUUCAGCGCCACUGUUUCCCAAAGGCCACAUGCUUCCUGGUACAAGCAAAAUGUCAACAUCAAAUGUAGAAUCUCAACUGCCUACACCUUCUCAAGUUGUCCCUCGCAGUUUUUCAAUACCCUCUAGCAGACAUAGAGUAAUGGUCGCUCAGAAUUCAGGGAUUGUUGAGAAUGUUGCCUCACCUCCUCUAACCCCGUUAUCUUUAUCUAACACCCAGCCAUCAUCCACCGGUUCCCAGAUCGUCAAUCAGACAGUUCAAAUCAGAGGUGCAGUUUGAUUCUAUUCUUUUAUAGUGAUAGCUUUGCUUUAAGUUCAGCAGCAACCAAAAUUUGAGCUCACACGAUUCUCGCAUCAUUGGUACAGUUGGAGAACUGUAAAUAUAAUCCUUGUCUACUGAUUUCUGGCUUGCAAUGUCAUUUUUGUUAAUCUGUUGAUUUUUAUUUUUUUUGCUCUCCUUGGAAGCAAUAUCCCAAUUCCAUUUA